AUGUCUGAGUACCCGAUAUCGUGUAUAUCGUGCCGCCGCAAGAAGAUCAAGUGCAACAAGAAGAAGCCGUGCAAUCAGUGUGUGAAAAAAGGGGUCAUUUGUGAGUUUCCAAGCAAGUUUCGUAACAUUAACAUCCAAAAUGAGCACGACUCCAACGCCCAUCUGCACGAAAUGAGCCCCAUGAGGUCGUCGUCGCAGCUGCUGUCGAACUCGACGCUGGAGGUGAGUCGAUUGCAUGAGGAGGUCGAGUUGCUACGAAAGGAGAAGUUGGCUGUUCUCCACGAGAACUUCAAGUUGAGCCAGAAGAACUCGGAGUUGCGGUCUAAGCUUCAGACACUAGGCCGAACUCAGAACGCUGAGCACGACGAUGAACAUGGGAUCGAGAUUGCUGGGGAGACUACAGAGCUCGGUGAAAAAUACUACGGGCCUUCUUCGUCCAAUUAUAUGAUCGAAGCGCUUCGACUGAAGAAGGAUCAGAACGAAGAGUCGGUGUCGAAGUCGGAUUCAAGCAGUACGCCGUUGAACAAUGAAAGUCACCCGACGAAAAAGAAGCAGGACGGCUCAGAAUCCGACAUGGACACCGAUGGCCACCACGGCAUUGCGUUUGCGAAGAAGUCGUUGCCCUGGUUGAUUCACCAGGACGGCACGCACGAAAAGAAUCUCCAUGUCAUCAAGAAGCUUGUGGGCUUUUUCUUUGAGCACAGUACGUACCGGUCGUUCAUUUCGAAGCCCCUUUUGCUUGAGUUUGUCGAUAACUACGACCGUAUCACCGAUAAAGACUGGGAAAACGACGAUGAUCUUCUUCUCUUGCAUAUGGUGUUGAUACUAGCAGUGUCUCGUCUCACGCCGAAAAGCUACAACGACCUUCGCCUCUCCGAUAAGCCCGUGGACUCUAUUGUCGCCUUGCAUAAACGAUGCCAGUGUCUUGUGAAGAACGUGCUCUACCGUGGCUUCACUAAGCUACGUCACAACCUAUUGAACGAGUCCAUCAUGACUGUACAAGCCUACAUUCUAUGCACUGAGUGGUACUUCAUCGACCAGCGUUAUGAAGAGUCGUGGUCGAUGUUGUUCCACUGCUGUGCCGUCGCAUAUGCCAUUGGCCUCCACGUUAUGGUUAAUAUGAGAACUACCAAUGAUAGUUUAGAAGAGGCCCCUGUCAAGUUGGCGGCAAUGUCCGGAAAAGAGGAUUCAAAGGACGGAUCUGCAGACAACAAGGUCAAGGUUGAAGAUAAAGACGACGGAUUGUCUCAGGAGGACGAAAGCGGCGGUGACAUUCCAAGAUUUAAAGUGUGGUUUGCCUUGAAGUACAUGUGUGGUCAGCUUUGUUCUGUUUUGGGCCGUCCAAACCCGAUUUCGAUCCAGGUAAAUUCGGUGGUUCUCUUCACGUCAAACCAGGAGAGCCUUCAGAAAAUUCGUUUGGACUCAGAGAAGACGCAGGUUCAAUUGAAGAUGGGCUUGAGUGAGUGUCUUCGCUUGUCAAACAUGAUGCUCAUUGAAAGUUUUAUGAUGAACUUUACAAUUCAAGACGUGAUGCGCUUGGACGCUCGUUUUAAGGAAGAGUGUGAAAAGCUCAAGUGGUUUGUCAGUCAGGAAUACCAAGCUCUGCACUCAAGUCCUACAGACUCCGUUGAUGCAGCAUGCCACAUGCCUUUGACUGUCGAGAGAGAGCCUGCAAUUGUGGACUUGAUCAUCUUGCACAUCAACAGAGCCAAGUUGCUUGAGCCUUUCAGUAAUCAGUUCUUGGGACCUGAAGAAAACAGAUACCUUAUCGAAGCUAUGUGUGAGUCCAUUUCCAGGUUUCUUGACUACACUGUCGAAUUUUGCAAGGAUUUCUUGCUGAGAGUUACGCCGCAAUUUUUGAAUCUGGAGGGCCGUGCUUUAAGUCGUACGAAGCUUGGCAAAGUGUUCCGUAUGGACCAUCCUUUCCUCAAUUCGUUCAUGUAUCAGGGCAUCAUUGUCAUCUUCACGCUUCUCAAUUAUAAAGCUAAAGAAUUUGUUCAGGGUGAGUCCGACACUUUCCUCAAGCAUGUUGAGCAGAGGCUUAACGAUCUUUUACAAUUGUCCUCACAGCUUACCGAGCAGUUGCGUGAGGAUGUCAGACUUUGGUCUACCAACAUCCUCUAUUUGAUCAAUAAGGAUCUCCAGCAUAUCAACACUCUUUUGAAGAAAAGAAAAGAUCACCACCAGAACAAUACAGAGAAAAAUGGCGACCUAAAUAAUGAAGAGCUUGACAAGAUUUUGGGGUUCUCUUUCAAAGACCCAUUUUGGCUUAAUGCUGAGAACAUUCCCUACUAUCUUAGCAGUCCUUCAGACGAUGAAAUGGGUCCUCAGGUAAUGGGAGAUCCUUCUUACGAUAGAAACAUGCAGCUGGCUCAGUUUGGGCUUGAUGUUAUGGACCAAUACAACAUGCAAGAGCAGCAACAGUAUGCUCCAGCGUGGAAUCAAGACACUGGCAAUAUUCCUUCUCAGCAGAUGCCCCAUCCGGAUCAAUUUUCGCAACAGGUACCUCAGCAACAACCAAUGCCUCAGCAUCAACAAUUAAGUGCUCAGCAUCAACUUCAGCAAAAUCAGACGCCCCAAGCGCCUCAUGUCCAAUUUUCGAAUGUCCAGCAGCCGCUGCCCAUGAAAAGCAGAGAAUCGUCACAAUUUCUGGUACCUAGACCUGGCAACUUUCAGCAAAUGGACCCAAAAUUGCCGCCACAUCAACAACAGCAGCAUGCAAUACAUACUCCAUUGGGAAGAAUGAACCUAGGCGGCGCCAUGCAAGGCAACCCUCUGGGACCUACUCAGGCAUCUCAGGGACCCCACCUACCUCAUCAGGGUCACCAUAUGCCUAUCAUGAAUAGCCAAAUUGAGCAUUCUGGACCCAAAGGUAUAAGUGCAAAUCCACCCUAUAACAACGUCUUGAGCAAUCCUCAAGCUGACGGUAACAUCAAUCAGCAAGAGGAGGAUGACGAGAAGGAGGCGGCCACUGAGCUCAAUUAUGCUCAGUCAGCUCAGAUGUCGAACAUGCCUCAAGGCUACUACAAUCCUCCAUACCCCGGGUUCCAUGGCCCUCAGUAA